AUGGCAGAUAUCAAAAGCGCCCCGUCCCGCCAAAUUACCGGUUCGAGUGACGGGAGAACUCACGACGCUAUUCAUGUAAAGCAAUCUCCCCCGCCUCAUUUAUAUCAACCCAGGCCAUCUGUAUCGUCAUCGCCCGCAUCGGAGGUAUUGUCAUCAUCAAGAAGUCCGUCCUUUACUUCUACUGGCACCGUCCCUGCUGCGACGUCUGUUUCUUCCCCGGUAACAUUGGGGGCCACCACUAAAACAGCGCGAUCCACAACUAAGAAGAAACAUACCGCCACCUCCACAAAAGAUACCUCGACCACCAUGACUACCAUAUCAUCUCCCUCUAUCAAAGAAGGGACGACGCCAACUCAGAGAAUAAGUCGGGCAAAGAAAGGUAAACGGGUACACGCAUGCAAUCAUCCUAGUUGCGAUAAGGUAUUCACGAGAGCGGAACACUUACGUCGCCAUCAGUUAAACCAUAAUACAGAUGUUCUUUACAAAUGUGAAAUGUGCGAACGGACGUUUGUCCGGCAGGAUCUCUUGUCUCGCCAUACAGAACGACACGCAACGCAAGCCAUGAAAGCAGUUCAGACACUGGCACUGGCUAGAAAUACUGGGUUUGCCGCUCGAUACGGUAUAAACGGAAUUUCGGGCAUGUCUACUCGUCCGGUACCAACAAGUGAUUAUGGGGGAAAUGCGCAUGUAUUUGACUCUAAUCCUCAUGCAACGCCUCGAGUCCAUACGGAUAUGAACGCCCUUCCACAGAUCCUUACCUCUCAUUCGCCCCAUCAAUCUACUCCUUCUGCAUCCUCUUUGGUGACGCCCCAUUCUUCGAAUUCCAUGACAAAUUAUACAUCCGGUUUCUCGCCAAAUAUGUCAAUAUCCAAUUCUGCAGACUCCCAGUUAGACUAUUCCACUACAGAUGCAAACUCUCCAUCCGGACUUCGAAGAGCUCACCUUCCAUUUCAUCUGCAACAUAGCGAGCCACAGAGACAGUCAGAGCACUUUAUUGCGACUUCACACCCAGAAAUAAUGCAGCGGCCUCCAGCCUUAUCUAUGGACCACCAUUUGUACGCAAAGCCAAUGCCAACAUGGGAGAAUUAUGCCUGGUUAUUUGAGGACAGUACAUCUCAAGAUCAGUCAAUUAUUGAGAUGAAUUCCGCUCAGAACACGGGUUUACCAUUUCUGAACCCAUUAGAAACGACUCAUUAUCAAAAUGUGGCCAUGAACUGCGAUCCCAGCUUCCAUCAAAUAGAUGAUAGAGUGCGGUCCCAGGUAUUGAUGUUGUUAGGUAACAUACCAAAUUUGCAUACUAGCGAUUGUACCAGUGCGUCUUCAAUGCAACAAUACCUCCGAAACUAUUGGACGAAAUUCCAUCCUUUGUUUCCGGUACUCCACAGGCCCACAUUUGUACCAAGUCUGCAAUUGGUUAUGUUGGUUGCGAUUGUAAUUGCACUAGGAGCCUCAUUUGCAUCCGACGAAGACCAUCAGUUUGGGAUGAUGUUGUAUGAUAAAGUAAAAGGGCUGAUCCUCAAUUCUGAUGAGUUUUCAACGCACAAUUCGAACAGUACCUACUUGCAGCAAACCAUUUUAUUGACCGAUAUUUUCGGAAAAAUGAAGUGCACAAGGCCACAAUUUGAUGGUGCACCGCUUGAUGUUAUCCUGAUGAAACUUCUACGACGUAGCGAAAUUCCAACAACAGAUCCUCUAGAGCAGAUUAAGCGUUAUCACAGAUCAGGACUGGAGUUAAAUUAUGACAAUGAAUGGCAAAAUUGGAUAGAUCUUGAGUCGCGGAAAAGGGUUGCUCUGCUGUUCUUUUACUGGGAUGUACAACAAGCUACGAUUUUCGGUCGUGAGAUGUGUCAGACCGCAUUUGAUCACCGCGUGUAUCUUCCUUGCGAAGAAUUCCUUUGGAAUGCCAACACAUCUCAAGAAUGGGUGGGAUAUUUGGAUGGUCACAUGGAAACUCUGAGCUUUCUGGAAACUCUUCGUAUCUUCCUGGACCCUAAGCGCCAGCUUCCCGUGCUAUCACCCCUGAGUUCCAUGUUUAUAUUGCACGGGUUGAUAUCUGUCGGGUUUGACCUCCAUAGACGAUCAUCUCCUAUAGGACCAAGCCCAGAGGAAACUGCAGCUAAGCAAGCGCAACUUUUGCGGGCGUACGAGAAGUGGGCGACUUACUACAACAUUAACGUGAGUCCACAUCUUUCCCAGAUUACCAGCGAUCAAAAUAUGGUCAUGUAUCACUCGGCCUACAUUUCCCUCCACACAAAUAUACACAACCUCAUCACCACCGCUGGUGACAGCAGAAUCUUCAAACGGACUUCCGAGAGAGAUGAACAUCAAGGGGCCAAGUUUGAGAUUCAGCAGUGGGCAAGUACUGCUGCUGCCAAACUUGCGACAUGGCACGCAGUUAAGAUCCUAGUAAGGUCUCUUGGUCGACCUCAAUUAUAUCCUGAACAUUUCCAUGUUCCCUGGUCGAUGUAUGUGGCAACAUUGGUUUGUUGGGCAUAUGGCCAAUUUUCGUCCUCAGCUGUUGGCCCGGGCGUUCAAGCGUCAGAAGAUGAAGUUAUCUGGGAUGCACAUCAAGACAUGGGCCAUUACCUGCGACAGAUGAACACCGAUAAUUGGGAGGAUUUGGUGCACAUGAGGUGGCAGACGCGCACGGCAGGCCUGUUGACGGUCGUCCAGGGCAGCAUGGAGGGCAUCAGGGCUGCAAAGAGUGUGUGA